AUGGACAAAGGCGAACACUUCCUUUCUUCUGUCGACAGAAGAAAUUGUGAAAUCUUAAUAUACACACAUCUCUCUCUAUGUCUGUUCGUUAUCUAUCUAUCUAUCUAUCUAUCUAUCUAUCUAUCUAUCUAUCUAUCUAUCUAUGUCUGUUCGUUAUCUAUCUAUCUAUCUAUCUAUCUAUCUAUCUAUGUCUGUUCGUUAUCUAUCUAUCUAUCCCAUUCUACUCACUAUCUAUCUAUCUAUCUAUCUAUCUAUCUAUCUAUCUAUCUAUCUAUCUAUCCCAUCUAUCCCAUUCUAUCUAUCUAUCUAUCUAUCUAUCUAUCUAUCUAUGUCUGUUCGUUAUCUAUCUAUCUAUCUCAGUCAAUUUAUAUUUAUCUAUCUGUGUCUGUUCAUUACUUAUCUAUCUAUCAAUUUCUUCUUUUCAUAAUCAUCAUAUCUAUCUAUCUAUCUAUCUAUCUAUCUAUCUAUCUAUCUAUCUAUCUAAGCCUGUUCGUAUCUAUCUAUCUAUCUAUCUAUCUAUCUAUCUAUCUAUCUAAGCCUAUCCCUGUUCGUAUCUAUCUCAAUCUGUUCCUAUCUAUCUAUGUAUCUAUCCAUCUAUCUAAGCCUGUUCGUAUCUAUGUAUCUCAAUUUGUUCCUAUCUAUCUAUCUAUCUAUCUAUCUAUCUAUCUAUCUAUCUAUCUAUCUAUCGUUAAAUCAGCAGCCUAA